AUGGAGUGCGCCCUCCUGCUUGCGUGCGCCCUCCGGACCGCGGGUUCGGGUCCGCCGUGGGGCCCGGCGGGACUGGGGCGCGUGGCCAAGACGCUCCAGCUGAGCUGCCUCUGCUAUGCCUGGGUCACCGCCGCCUUAGCCAGUGACAACAGCAGCGGCGCCAGCGGAUUAAAUGAUGAUUACGUCUUUGUCACGCCGGUAGAAGUGGACUCAGGCGGGUCGUAUAUUUCACACAACAUUUUGUACAACGGCAGGAAAAAGCGAUCAGCCCAGGGUGCCAGGAGCUCCCUGCACUACCGAUUUUCAGCAUUUGGACAGGAACUACACUUAGAACUUAAGCCAUCGGCGAUUUUGAGCAGUCACUUUAUUGUCCAGGUACUUGGAAAAAAUGGUGCUUCAGAGACUUGGGAACCCGAGGUGCAGCGAUGUUUCUAUCAGGGAUUUAUCAGAAAUGACAGCUCCUCCUCCGUGGCUGUGUCUACAUGUGCCGGCUUGUCAGGUUUAAUAAGAACACAAAAGAAUGAAUUCCUCAUCUCGCCGUUACCUCAGCUGCUGGCCCGGGAACACAACUACAGCUCCCCUGCAGGACACCAUCCUCAUGUACUGUACAAAAGAACAGCAGAGGAGAAGGUCCAGCAGUACCGUGGCUACCCUGGCUCCGGCUGGGAUUAUCCUGGUUCCUCCCCAAGUCACACUCCCCAUGCAUCUCAGAGUCAAGAGACACAGUAUCACCACCGAAAGUUGCAAAAGCAGCAUUUUUGUGGACGACGCAAGAAAUAUGCACCCAAGCCUCCCUCAGAGGACACAUACCUGAGAUUUGAUGAAUAUGGGAGCUCAGGGCGACCCAGAAGAUCAGCUGGAAAAUCACAGAAGGGCUUGAAUGUAGAAACCCUCGUGGUAGCGGACAAGAAGAUGGUGGAAAAGCACGGCAGGGGGGACGUCACGACGUACAUCCUUACAGUGAUGAACAUGGUCUCCAGCCUAUUUAAAGAUGGAACUAUCGGAAGUGACAUAAACAUCGUUGUGGUGAGCCUCAUUCUUCUAGAACAGGAACCUGGAGGAUUAUUGAUCAACCAUCACGCAGACCAGUCUCUGAAUAGUUUUUGCCAGUGGCAGUCAGCCCUCAUUGGAAAGAAUGGAAAGAGGCAUGACCAUGCCAUCUUACUCACAGGAUUUGAUAUUUGCUCCUGGAAGAAUGAACCAUGUGACACUCUAGGGUUUGCCCCCAUCAGCGGCAUGUGCAGCAAAUACCGGAGUUGCACCAUUAAUGAGGACACGGGGCUCGGCCUGGCCUUCACCAUCGCUCAUGAGUCUGGGCACAACUUUGGCAUGAUUCAUGAUGGAGAAGGCAAUCCCUGCAGGAAGGCUGAAGGCAACAUUAUGUCUCCCACACUAACUGGAAAUAAUGGGGUGUUUUCCUGGUCUUCAUGCAGCCGGCAAUAUCUCAAGAAAUUCCUUAGCACGCCUCAGGCCAGGUGUCUAGUGGAUGAGCCCAAGCAAACAGGACAGUAUAAAUAUCCAGACAAACUACCGGGACAGAUUUAUGAUGCUGACACACAGUGCAAGUGGCAAUUUGGAGCAAAAGCCAAGUUAUGCAGCCUUGGUUUCGUGAAGGACAUCUGCAAAUCCCUUUGGUGUCACCGAGUGGGCCACAGAUGUGAGACCAAGUUUCUGCCUGCGGCGGAGGGGACCGUUUGUGGCUUGAGUAUGUGGUGUCGGCAAGGCCAGUGUGUCAAGUUUGGGGAGCUGGGGCCCCGCCCCAUCCACGGUCAGUGGUCUGCCUGGUCCAAGUGGUCAGAAUGUUCCCGGACAUGUGGUGGAGGAGUGAAGUAUCAGGAGAGACUCUGCAAUAACCCCAAGCCUCAGUAUGGCGGCAAGUUCUGUCCGGGUUCGAGCCGUGUUUAUGAGCUGUGUAACAUUAACCCUUGUAAUGAAAAUAGCCUGGAUUUUCGAGCCCAGCAGUGUGCGGAAUACAACAGCAAACCUUUCCGUGGAUGGUUCUACCAGUGGAAACCCUAUACAAAAGUAGAAGAGGAAGAUCGAUGUAAACUGUACUGCAAGGCUGAGAACUUUGAAUUCUUUUUUGCAAUGUCUGGCAAAGUGAAAGAUGGAACCCCUUGCUCCCCGAACAAAAAUGACGUUUGUAUUGAUGGGAUUUGUGAACCAGUAGGAUGUGAUCAUGAACUUGGCUCUAAAGCUGUUUCAGAUGCAUGUGGUGUUUGCAAAGGUGAUAAUUCGACUUGCAAGUUUUAUAAAGGCCUAUACCUCAACCAGAAUAAAGCAAAUGAAUAUUAUCCAGUGGUCAUCGUUCCUGCCGGGGCCUGGAGCAUUGAGAUCCAAGAGCUGCAGGUCUCUUCCAGUUACCUCGCAGUCCGAAGCCUCAGUCAGAAGUAUUACCUCACUGGGGGUUGGAGCAUUGACUGGCCUGGGGAGUUCCCCUUUGCUGGGACCACGUUUGAGUACCAACGCUCUCUCAACCGCCCAGAACGUCUAUAUGCACCAGGACCUACAAAUGAGACACUGGUCUUUGAAAUUCUGAUGCAAGGCAAAAAUCCGGGGAUAGCGUGGAAAUACGCACUUCCCAAGGCCACGAAUGGAACUCAACCAGCCACAAAAAGACAGCCCCACAGCUGGAGUCUGGUGCAGUCAGCUUGCUCCGUUUCCUGUGGUGGAGGUUAUAUAAGUGUAAAGGCCAUUUGCUUACGAGAUCAAAAUACUCAAGUCAAUUCCUCAUUCUGCAAUGCAAGAACCAAGCCAGCCACGGAACCUAAAAUAUGCAAUGCUUUCUCCUGCCCAGCCUAUUGGAUGCCAGGUGAAUGGAGCGUGUGCAGCAAGUCCUGCGCCGGGGGCCAGCAGAGCCGGAAGAUCCAGUGUGUGCAAAAGAGACCCUUUCAGAAGGAGGAAGCCGUGGUGCAUUCCCUCUGCCCAGUGAGCACUCCCACUCAGGUUCAAGUUUGCAACAGCCACCCCUGCCCUCCAGAAUGGAGCCUCGGGCCCUGGUCUCAGUGCUCCAAGACCUGUGGACGAGGAGUGAGGAAACGAGGACUAUCGUGCAAAAGCUCUGCCACAGAGACCCUGCCCGAGAGCCUGUGUGCCAGCCUUCCCAGACCUGAGACGCAGGAGGGGUGCGUGCUGGGACGCUGCCCCAAAAACAACCGGCUGCAGUGGGUCACCUCUUCGUGGAGUGAGUGUUCUGCAACCUGUGGCUCGGGUGUGCGGAAGAGGGAGAUGAAGUGCAGCGAGAAGGCCUUCCAGGGAAAGCUGAUAACGUUUCCCGAGCGAAGAUGCCGCAACAUUAAGAAACCAACCCUGGCCUUGGAAGAAACCUGCAACCAAAGGGCUUGUCCAGCCGGUCCAGUGUACAGCACGGCAGGGGGAUGGUAUGCAGCGCCAUGGCAACAGUGCACCGUCACCUGCGGGGGAGGGGUCCAGACGCGCUCUGUGCACUGUGUUCUCCAAGGCCGGCCUGCCUCCACUUGUCCGCUCCCUCAGAAACCCCCAGGGCUGCAAGCCUGUAAUACAAACUUUUGUCCGGCUCCUGAAAAGAGAGAGGAUCCCUCCUGCGUAGAUCUCUUUGCCUGGUGUCACCUCGUUCCUCAGCAUGGUGUCUGCAACCACAAAUUUUAUGGUAAACAGUGCUGCAGGGCAUGCACAAGGAAGAGCUGACCUCGUCAUCGCCCUCCAUACCUCAGAGCCAGGGCCUUGCCUUUCCGCCUCUGCAGAGACCAGCCACCUUUGAAAUCAGAAGCUGAGCCGCGGCCCUGUCAAGGAGCCUGGCUCUGAGGACACAGCUUGUCACGAGGCCCCUAUUUCAUUUCCCUGAAGCACAUGGUACCUUGAAGCACUUGAAAAUAGGAAGCAAGGACAAAUCUGACUUUGAAAAACAUCAUCUUUGGUUUGCACUGUCACACGGAAGAAGUGGUGAAUCACGCUGAGAUCUGUCUAAGUUUGGUUUUGGCAAAGCAAGAAUCACCUCAACUGUGUGAUUUUGAACCUCAAAGCAGAGACUGACCUGGAGCGGUCAGAUGUGGCUGGAUCACCUUGCCCAACCGUGGCAUGGACUUCACAGGUGGGUAAACGCUGUGAACACCCAAACCGGGAAGAAGCCAAAUGGUGCUCACAACUCAGCUUGCUGCUGGACUAGCAAGCUUCAUGUUCUGUUUCUUUAGUGUGUGUGUGUUUCUUAUUUUGUUUAAAGUAUAUUCUGCUUGUAGAGUCUUCAAGACUGAAAUUAACAACUUGAAAAGUAUUCCAAGGAAUAUUGUGACUAUAGGGCAACACGGACUAUUUAAGAUCUCUGUGUGACUGACAUUCAUAUUCAAGACACAGAAAAAAGUCACAUCAAAGACAAAUACUGGUGCCCUUUCACAUCAACCUCAUAACUUUUGGUGCUUGCUGAACCAGUCCAUGGGAGGGCUAGAGCCUGCUCUUGGGGAAUGAGAAGUGGCAAAAUGUUCAUUUCUGGUGGAAAAAAAAAAUAUCUAGGCAGUCAUCAUUUAUAAAAGUGCUCAAUCCAUAGUAUCAGAGCUGCUUGGAAAAAUUAAAGACCCCUGUGGCUUUUUCCUACCAACUUUUAAAUUUGUCCUGGAAUUCAGGUAACAAGAAAGAAACAGUGGCAAGAGAAAGAGCCCUCUGUCCUCUUACAACAUUAGUAAACCAUGGUAGACCAGGACUCUUCCGUGAGUAUCAAAGAAUAUUUUCAGUUAUCAGAAGCCAGCUGUUGGUAAGCCUUACUAAGCAUAAAGUUGUUCUGAAUUGAAAAACCACCACGCUAUUUUGCCAAAACCAAAGUCAUGUAGGAGACUGUGUCCUCCUGUAAUUUUUGGAGAAGUGGUUAUAAAGGGCAUAUUUAGAUCAUUCUCUAUUCCUCCAUGUUUUUUGCUGAAUGUAAAAAAGUCUCCAUUCACGCUGGACUAACCAGCUCAGCAGAACCAGCUAGACAGUGGUUUGUUAAAUUUAGGAGCAUCCUUUGUUCUCACUGUUAAUUAAAAUCACGAGUUCUGGUACAUACUCAGAAAUACUGAGUAGGAACUGCUCUCAUUUUCUCGUCAGGAAUAAAAAAACAAAAUGGUUCCACACCCUUGCCCUCUGCAAAACAGCAAGUUGUUUCUUUAUAUAAUUAUCUUUAUGGAAAAUUAAUUUAUUAAUAGCCUAUUAUGUGUUCUCACUUGCCUCUUGGAGUAAGUGAUAUUAAUUUUGAGGAAAAUGUUGAAUAAAACCAUGGAUUAUAGAGAAAAGUCAAAAUAUAUGUGUAAUAUUUAAUUAUUUUAUAAGUUUUAUAAUAAAGUAUUCUGUUUCUUUACCUUUGAAACCUGUUUAGUUCGUGAAUGAUUUAGUGAGAAGCCUGUUAUUCCCAGUGUAAUUGAACUAUAGCGGUGGUGAUCAACAAUCUAAGAGAAACUCAGUUCAAUGAAAGAUUUGGGACAAAAGGUUGAAACUCCUUUUCUGUAGAUCAUUAUACUAAAUCUGAGAAUGUUGAUAUGGUAUCUCUUAAGAGAAACAAGUACUAGGAUUUUUUUUUUUAUUUUUUUGAGACAGUCUCACUCUGUGUCCUGGGUAGAGCUCCAUGGCAUCAUCAUAGCUCAUAACAACCUCAAACUCUUGGGCUCAAGCAAUUCUCUCGCCUCCCACCACCACUCUCAGGCUAGUCUGGAACUUCUGAGCUUAAGCAAUCCACCCACCUCAGCUUCAAAGAGUGCUAGGGUUACAGGAGUGAGCCAUCGCGCCUGGCCAGAAACAUGUAUUAGGAUUUGGGUCACAGAAAACUUGAAUCAGGCUUUAUGGUCCACAUAUUCUGGAGCUUCAAGUAUAAUUUAGGUAAAUGCAGCAUCAAAAUUGAGUAGUGUUAGAAAUUGGAGUCUGAACAUUUUUUUAAAAAACUUUUCUGGUCUCGAGAAGGCCUUUUGGUGCAUAAUAAUCUUUGCACAAAUACAUUUCAAGCAAAAUAAAUAUAUAGCCCUUUCAUGUACCAAAUGCUGGCCAGUGCUGCCUCAUUUGGAAAGCUCUUCUGAACAAUGUCUGUACUUACCUGGUUUGCCAAAUAUGCCAACAUAAUAAGAACUGUCCUUAUUUUAAUAAGCUGAUCAAAGCCUAGAGUCCCAAUGAUAUUUGAUAAACAUACAUCAGGAUUAUAUUUAGAAAAAAUAUCACAGAGUAGCUUCAUUGGGAGAAAGAUUAAAUAAGAAAAAUCAUUACUUAUUGAUUCUUAUAUGG